AUGGUAAAAGGAGUUUGGCUGCAAAGACAAACAAAUAAUAGGAUGAAGAAUGUCUGGCUAAAGUUGAAGGCCCUGAGACCUCUGCUUAAGCAAUUGAAUAGUAAACAUUUCAAAGGUAUCGCACAAAAGAUAAACAAAGCCCGAGAUACUGCUUCUAGACCGCAACAACUUAUUCCUUGUAUAAUUAGUGAAGCACAAGCUGGAUUCAUCCCUGGGAGAAAAAUUGCAGACAAUAUAAUCCUUGCUCAUGAAUUAGUUAAAGCUUAUACCAGGAAACAUAUCUCCUCUAGAUGUGUGAUUAAAUUUGUCCUGCAAAAAGUAUAUGACUCUGUGGAAUGGAUCUACUUAGAACAAGUUAUGGUUGAGCUUGUCAUCCCUGGAAGAUAUAUGGAGUGGAUUAUGGAGUGUAUAAGAAUUGUAAACUACACCGUCCUGAUUAAUGGGGAACCAUCUGAACCCUUUGAUGCUGCAAUAGGAUUAAGACUUUGCUAUCUCAAUGGAGUACUUGAGAUGGAUAUGGGCUGGUCUAAAAGAGGCUACUACAUUCAAGUAUCAUCCUAG